AUGGCAAAAAUAUUCGAUUUGACGAAGUCGAUGAUUGAGAUCUUCAACGACCACGCUGGUGAUGACAAAAUGCUCUCCAAAGAAGAGCUCUUGAAGAUGAUGGCUCAAGAUAAAGACGAGAUGUUCUCCUCCAAAGAUAUUUCAAAUGGGCUCAUGAUGAUGUUGGACGAGGGCCUCGACGAGAAUAUGUCCUUCGGUGAAUUUAUCGAGUUCAUCGCUUUCCUCUGCGCUCUCAUCGAGGCGGGACAGGAAGACAAUGCAGACUAUACUGAUGGUCCUGAGACCAAUUACAACAAACCUCAACCAGAACCAGGCACCCCAGAAUGGAAAAAAAUGGAGCAAGAAAAAGUCAUGGAGAAAAUAAGGAAAAUAUUGGCAGCAACGUUCGGCAAAAAGAAGAAAAAAAGAUUUGCUGACACUAAAUUCAUGCAAGUUGUCGACUCAAUUGCAAAAGCCGGAAUGUAA